AUGGCGUCAUUGACUGCAUCCCGAUUUGCUGUGCUGCAUGUUGAAGAUGACGAUUCUGACCAAGAACUUCAGACUCAGACGAAAAAGGAUGAAGGGAAGCAAACGAAAAGCGCUGGUGCCAAGAAACGUGCCAGAAAGAAGAAGAAGAAUCAACAAAUAAAUGCAGAGAAUGCCCAGUUGAGAGACCUUGCCUUUUCAAAGAUUCCUUCUAAGACUCAGGCUUGUACUAUUGCACCAAAUCCAGCACGCAGUACUAAAACUGAAAGUGGUAAAACUGUUGGCGAGAAUGGAAGACAAUGGAAGCAAUGGUCAGAGAAAGACAAAGAGUUUGUUUCAGAUCAGUUUGAAAAAGAUUUGGAAAAAGCUAUACUGCAAAGCAAGAUAGAUUUUGAAAAACAAGCAUCUAAAGCUAAAAGAUCGCGCACCUUGAACUCGCGAUAUUUGCUAUUGAUCGCCCGUGAUUGA